AUGCGUGGAGUAGCGAUCAUCUUCGUUUGUAUGUUAUUGUUUCAAACAGAUGUGUUUGCACAAUUGAGUACAAGCUCAUGCGCUUUGCUUCGAACCGCCAGUAGUUUAACAACAAUUAUUCCCGAAGUUACGCAGAUUGCCAUGCGAUCAUAUCGUGCUUCUUCGUCAAGUCAAGGAAGCACUCAUCAACGGCAAAAGCGUUUCAUAAAAGAUGAAAUCACUGGCAAAAGCAGCACUUCGGGUAAUAUCCGAGGUACUAUAGUCGAACAAAUGAUUGCCAAUACCAUUCGUGAUGUUAAUUUUACCAAUGUUGCUAUUUUAAUCUUCAACAACAACGAUACCAUGAAUAAACUCCAUCAAAACAUCGACAUGGAAGCAGUGAUGCGAAUGAUCAUACGUGAAAUCGAUUAUGAAAAACUUGGCAAUGGCAUAAUGGCGACGAUUGAAAGUGAAUUGGAUUUGGAACAUUUAGUAGCGAGUAUCAUCAACGUUACUCAGUUGGAUGUUAUUCACGAGCAAUUUCUUGCGAACGGUACUUUACCACAACGAUUUUUAAAACAUCUUCAUCCAGAUUUGAACACUCAGUUGGUCGAACGAAUCUUUUCGACAUUGAAAAAUGUUACAUAUAGAGUGGUAAAAGUUUUGAGUAAAUCCGAACGCUAUGAUAAUUAUUUAUUUAAUAUGAUAACACAACAAGCAUUAACACCAUUGAGUAAUAUCAUUCAAGGUGUGAAAGCAGAUAAACCGAAGACGUUCGAUCAAUUAGUGGAAAUUAUUGUUAAUAAUGUCAAUCGAGUGGCAACAGAGCAAUUUACCACUGAUGCAAAACGAAAAAUACCGAAAAAAUCUGGAAAGAAUCCAACAGCGUCUUCGGUUUCGGCAGUCGAUUUAAGCAACAGUGAUGAGGUAAAAAUGAUGCUCUAUCAAUGGUCGAUUGCUGUUGAUUCCAUGGGACAAACAGCUCGAGUGAUGUUGAAGUCCUUAGAACAACUCUACUGUGGAUCGACAUGA